AUGAGCGGUUCUACAGUAUUCAUGGCACCGGCAGUCGAGUCCUCGAACGGCCUCCCCAGGUCUCACUCGACGCCUGAGCUCAUGUCCAUGUCCAGUUUCUCCUUUGAUACCUCCUGCCAAAGUUCACGAGCGACGGAUCAAGAAGACGACCGACCCUACGAAGUGCCCAACUUCGACAACGAUUUCAAGCUCGACACAUCAUUCUUUCUCAGCGAUGCCUCCAGGCCCGCGAGCCAACCCGGUGCUCCAUCGUGGCGUCCCGCCGCGCCCAGAAGCCAGCCAGCCGACAGCGAUCCCCAGACUGCACAACCGCCCGCCCUCCGACGCUCUCGAGCAGGCUCACUGAUGGAGAGGCCGCGCUCCUGGUUCCCCACAACGGCAAAGGCUCCCGUGAAAGAGCCGGCCGACAUAGAGCAGCAGCAGCGACCCGCCACAUCCGUGGGCGAGGAGGGGGUGAGCGAGAAGCGCUUCAGCUCCGUCUCGGGCAAGACCACGGCCGUCCAGGAUAGCCUCGUCAACUUUGCAAAGAGGUCCUGGUUGUCAUCCUCACCCUCACCCUCACCAAAGCGUCGGCCAAACACGGCCAAGGACAAGCAAGACAAAGAUAUGGAGGACGUUCCCAAAUUGGCGGCCCGCUCUCCAUCUGAGACAGCAGCAGAGACACGGGCUCACCUGGUCAAGAACCGCCCAUCCGAGCCAACCCGACCAUCCAAGGCGCUUAACCGGGCGAGCUCCUACUUUAGCAAGAUGAAAUCGAAGCCGAAAGUGUUCAACGCCAUCGCCGAGCUCGACAAUAGCUGUACCUCGUCUGUCAGCAGUCUAGGACCCAGUGCCUCGACGACUACGGAUGAUCAACUGUCUCAAGCCCCUACCGUGACCGACGACUCGUCUGCCGAAAUGCCACCGCUGCCCAAGCCUGAUCGAGAUCCUCUCUGGUCGUCGUUCAAGAACCUGGAGGUGGAAUUCAAGGGGUUUACUGCAAAGUCGACGUCGCAGCGAGUUGCUCAGUUGCAAACACUCGUCUUGCCUUUUCUCCGCAGCACAAUGGGGCAUGCAUCCAACAAGAAGCUUUCCCCGGAAGAUAUCGAUCGACGCGCUGUCAUCCUGGACAAGUGGUGGAAUGGACUUCUCGGUCUCAUGGACGGCGUAGGCAUGGGGUCGGUGCCAGGAAUCGAUCGACACGUUGUGUUCGACACUUUGACCACGAUUAUGGUGCGUCCUGAGUGGAGGCAAACCACGCCGUACUUCCUGCCCCUUGCCGACCGAGCCGUGUGGGAGCGUCAGAGGUCAGAACGAAGUGCAGAGACGACAGAGGCAACUGACUCCGAUCACUCUACUGUUUUUUUGGUUGAAUCUGCGGAACACAACGUGAGGACGAUGUUCAUCACCAACCUCGCCAGGCAGAUGGGAUUCGUGGUGGAGAAGAUGGCCGCGAGACACUCGCCACAGGCUCUGGUGACCUUUGCUGGUGCGACCUGCGCCUACGCCUUCUUCUUUGUGCCUGGUGUGGCAGAUAUCCUGGUCCGUCUUUGGGGCAUAGGCCCCGGGCUCAUCCGGCGAGCGGCGGAUGCAAUGGGAUUGCCGAGGCGCUACAAGGGCGAAGGGGGCGACACUGUGGCCAUGUUCCCUCCCCAGCUGGCUUCUCUCAGCUGGACGUCACCGAAAUCCAUGUGGAACACACUCAAGCGCAUCCCGAACAUGCCAAUGGUAAUUUCGCGAGUUCAAUGGAUGGGGCCGUGGGUAUCGAGGUGGAAGGGUCGGGAGUCUGACCUUCUGUUCGUGUUUUACAAGGAAUUCCAUGCCUUGACGGACGACUUUCUGCCAUCCAAACUGCCACUCGUCGAGAAGGCGCGCGCUCCUGGAUUCGCCCUAGUACACGCCCAGCUACUGUCCAUUAUUGACGAUACGAUUCACCGUCAAGCAGCUAUGGACUCGGGCUUGCACAUGAUGGAUCCCAUGCCCGGUGCCGAUGCUUCGGCCAUGGCCAUGACACUACCGCCGGCCAACCUCAUGAAGGGCAUGAGCGAGAAUAAUGUGAUUAUCCUGCUCAAGGAUUUCAUGUCGAACGCCCUGCCAGGCUUUGCUGGCGCGCGGCAUACUUUUGCAGAGACAUGCGCUGCCAUCAUCAAGGCGGCUGUGAUGAAGACGUCGCAGUUUGACACGGCAGCUUGCUUCACGAUGUGCGACUUUUUGGAAGAAGCACUGGCCAUAUACGACGACUACGAGGACCCCAUGUCCGGCAGCAAAUCGUACAUUGACUGGCCGUUCUGGAUGGACGUGUUCAAGAGGGCCAUGCGGUCCAUGAACACCAUGUCCGAGGUGCGCGUAUUGUCCUUCAUCUACACAGUCUGGCCAAUCAUCGUCAAAGACCAGACCCGCAAAGCUUCAGUCUGCCUAGACUGGCUUCUGACGGAGGAGGUGUUUGAUUCUUUCUUCAACCACUGGUGUCCCAUGGUGCGCUCAUACUACCACCGCUUGCUGUGUUGGCGGAUCUGUCGGUGUGUCGGGGACGCCGACGCGGUAGACACAAAUAUCUACACCGUCGUCUCGGCACGCUUAAAAACCGCCUGGUCCCAUUACUUGCACUUAAAGCAGAGUGCGGAGGAAGCUGGGCGCUGCCCACCCUCCACAGCGCCGACUGUACCGACACCGGGAAAGAAGUUUAUGAUCAUCCGCCAGGAAGUCAGCCAGCCGCAGCCGGGCCUGUUUGCUAACUUUGACUCCUUCUCCAAGGCUACGGGCCUUGACGUGGUCAGUGCCGACGAGAUUGGCGAAGGCGCGGCCGCAAAGCCUGAGGCGAAGAAGAAGGGGUCCCUACUCGGCAAGAUCAUGUCCUUGGCGGGAUCGAAUCCAUCAAAAGGCCACGACCGCAGGUCCUCGUGGGACGAGGAGUUUAUUAAUGCGCGUCGGGAGACGGCCGAGGCGCGCCACGCGAAUGCACCCUCGAAGAUUUCGACCUCGAUCGGAUCCAGCGAUUCGGACUCUUCGUGUUCGUCACCCACCUAUGAAGAAUCAAAAUAUAUCUUCAAGUUUUUCUUGGCGUGGCACCAGCCCAGCAUGCCCCCGCGCGACCGCGUCCUCACUCGACCACGCCUGCCUGCCCCAGCACAGGCUGUUGUCAGCUUACGAGCGUUGGCUGGCGGCACGGACAAGGUCGACAAUCGGCCAGCUCCCCUUGUCAAGGAGGCCAUGGCGCACAAGGACGACGGAGACUCUGGCCCACCCGAGGCAGCUGCCACGGAGUCGGCUGAGGUGUCUGUGGAUGAAGCACAGGAAUUGGUUGCCGAGCCGAUCACGGAACCAGUGAAGCCGGCAGGCUUGUACGUCAACAACGCCGUGUACACCGGCCGAGCCCUCGCGGAGUGGGGCCAGGUUAUAUGGGAAUGCAACAACUUUGCCGACCGCCGCCGGGACGAGGGCGUCCCAGGAAUAGCGCAAGUUGAGGUGCCUCUGCUGGGGGUGGAGAGCUUCCGCAAGCCGGGCUGCUAG